AUGCUUGCUUCGCCGGUACCGUCGAAAGGGAAACUAAACGCUAAACUUACACCGCCUAUCCCCUCAUCCUCCUCCGGUGUUGCUACCACCGCUUCCUCGACCACCUCCUCUACCACCAUAGCUACCCCCUCCUCCUCCACAUCAGCCCCGCGCAUCGAACCCACCGCCCAAUGGAAAUCCCAGCUCCGCCGGCGCAUCGACGAGAACCUCGACCAACUCUUAUUGGACGCCAAACGGUCGUACGAGCACAAAGUUCAUACUUCGUCCCUCCUACCCAACCAUACGGUGGAAGUGGAGAAGAAGUUGUAUUUCGAUUAUUUGCAGACGAUACAGGAUUUGAAAGCGUUUGCAAGGGAUGAGUAUAAUUUUGCGAUUGAGAGGGAGAGGAGAGAGAUGGUUUGGUGUUUGGAGGCUGAGGCGGGGGGACAUGACGGUGGGGGAAGGGAUGGAGUAAGGGAGGGAAGAGAUGAGGGGAAUGGGGCAGGGAAGGAGGGUAUUGUGGAUGAGAGUUUGAAGGAGGAGCAGUAUGAGAUGUUGAAUGCGUUUCAUUUGGAGAUGGAGAGGGCGCGGUUGAAGGCGGAGAUGAUUGAGAACCCGCAGUAUGAUGGGUACGAUUAUCAGCACGCCCACCACCACCACGGCCAGCACUACGACGAGCACUACGAUUCCCAGUACGACGACGACGACGGGGAUGGGGAGUUGGUCGAACGGGAAUACGACGAGGACGAGGAGGAGAGGGAGGCACCGGGCACGCCGGUUGUGCUGGCGCUGAAUGCGCAGUUCCAGGAAGAGCUGUCGCGGUUGCUGUCGGUGACGCCGUCGCCGCCUCACUCGCCGCGCCUCCCGGCUUCGCGGUCUCUUUCCCCGUCCCCGUCUCCAUCGACAUUCACAUCGCAAUCCACAUCGCCUUCCCUAUCCCCGUCUCUAGGUCCAUCCCCGGAUUCCCAGGUCCCCUCGCUGGAACUCUCCCCGUCCCCGCCUUCGACUCCGCCGGAGCUCUCGUCGGACGAAGCGGGCGGGACGUCCUCCGUCGAGUCGUCGAUUAUUUUCACGCCGCAGCGCUCGGUUAUUGAUGAAGAAGCAAGGUUGCGUGCGGAGAAGCAUAAAGAGCAGCAGGAGGAGUUUCAUCGACGUGCGGAGGAGAUUAAGAGAAGGAAUGAGGAGAGGAAGAGGAUGAAGAUGAAGGAGAGGGAGGAGGCGAAGGCCAAGGGGGAGAAGGAGAAGGAAAAGACGCCGAAGAAGGGGGAGGGUUUGGAGCAGGAGAGGCAGCUUGUGGUCAAGCCCCAGCCGAAACAGCUUCAGCUGCAGCAACAGCAGCUACCGCGAGUAUCGACUGCCCCGUCGCUAUUCAAAGCUGCCCAAGCGGCCAACGCCACCUCCUCUGCGCCGCCUACAGCCACCACCGCCAACUUCCCCUGGACCCCGAGUCGCAAACAUACAGCCUCGGCUGCGUCGUCGAGGUACGCGUCGUCGGUGUCGUCUACCGAUGAUGUACCGCGCCGACAUGAUCUGUUGUUCUCGGAACCGCGUCAUCGUCAUCCGCCGUCGACGCACACGCCGUUCUACCCUUCUGCGUCGGCGUUUGCUGCCUCGUCUGCUUCUGCUUAUACUCCCGUGUCUGCAUCAGCUUCCGCCUCAGCGUCGGCAUCGGCGGCGUCGUCGAAGGCUACUUCCCCUGUUCCGUUCACCAACCCGUUCUUCAUCCCUACUGCUUCGUCGUACGCGGAUGACGAUGAUGAUGACUACGAAGGGUUCGACCUUGACGACGACGAUGGCUUUGGUCCUAGCAUCAGCACAGCCAGCAAAAACCCGGCCUCCACCACCAGCAAAAACUCCACCACCUCCUCCUCCACCACCGCCCCCGUCGCGCGCUACCUCUCCCAAGAAGACCGUAUCCGCAUCUUCAUCUUCCACGAGCAACAAUGGGCUCGGAUCGCCGCGUUCCCUAAACUUACUUGGGGCGAUUUUCCGUGGCCUGUCCUAUCAUUUGGAGGGCCGAAGGGGUUGGAGGAGUUGGCGGGGGAGAGGGUGAGGGAGUAUGUGUGGGGUGUUGUUGAGUGGGAGAGGGAUAAGAGGGAUAGUGUUAGUCGGGCUAAGGAGGGUGGUGUGGGCAAGGGCAGGGAUAAGGAUAAGGACCUAGAAAAAGGCUGGACGCGCGAACGUCUCAGAGACCACCUCCGGAAGUGGAACCCCGAGCGAUUGGAGAGUCGGUUCCUUACCCGUGUGGAGGAGGGGAAUGGGGAGAGGGAGAAGGUGCGCAAGGGGGUGAAGGUUGUGGUGGGGAUUUUGGGUGAGAUGGUGGAGGGGUUGUGA